AUGAUCAACUCGUACCUGACGAAACAGUCAGAGGCUGAUGAUGCCGCCAUGCACCUCCUCUUCUCCGCCAAUCGAUGGGAGAAACGGGCGGCAAUGCUGGAGAGGCUCAACUCCGGCACCACGCUGAUCGUGGACCGGUAUGCUCACUCCGGCGUCGCCUUCACGGCCGCCAAGGGGCUGCCGGGGCUGGACACGGCCUGGUGCCGGGCACCCGACGUGGGCCUCCCCGCCCCCGACACCGUCUUCUUCCUGGACCUGAGCCCGGAGCAGGCAGCCGAGAGGGGGGGGUAUGGCCAGGAGCGGUACGAGACCACAGAUUUGCAGAAGAAGGUGCGGCAGGCGUUUGGGACCCUGCAGGACCCCAGCUGGGUCGUGGUCGACGCGGCUCGCUCCGUGGAGACGGUGCAGGCCGAGAUCGCCGAGGAGUCCGAGCGGAUCCUUUCGCGCUGCGAGGCCGGUGUCCCGCUGGGCACGCUCUGGCCCAGCGCCUGA